CUUUUGAGAGGUGGUUGGCCUGUAGUUCCAUUGAUUUCUCUUGUCGUUGUCGACGUAAGAAAGAAGGUAUUGUUUGCUGUGUCUUACUAAUUUUAACAAACGUAAUUCACUCGAAAAUAUGAACUUCUCAACGAAGUUAUGUAGGAUUCAUUUAAUUAGCGGUGCACGCUUAAUGUCCCAAUUAGGUGAUUUGGGCAGUGGUGCAGGUAAAGGUGGUGGUGGUGGCGGUUCUAUAAGAGAGGCUGGUGGAGCUUUCGGAAAACAAGAGGCAGCCAGAGAAGAAGAGUAUUUCUACAAAAAGCAAAGGGAACAACUGAGCAAGUUAAAAACUGAGCUUCAUGAUGAAAUUAGCUUUCACGAGGAACAAAUUAAGAGACAUCAGGAAGCCAUCGACCGUCACAAGAACAGAGUACAAAAUAUUGAAAAAAGUGAAUAACUUGAUAGUUUUUCAUUGUUGUUUAUAGUUGUUAUGAUAUGGUUUGCUUUAUAUGUUCUAUAAUAGUACUGCAACUUAAGAUGUGUAAUACUUAAAUUCUUAAUAAAAUGUAGAUCAAU